CUCUCAAACACAGUCAGCUCCUCUCUGUCCACAUGUUUCCUGUUCCCUCCCCUUCAGAUCUACAGUUUGAAGAUGGGUGGAACCAACAUGGUGGUGAAGUGCAGGAGCUGACAGGCCUCAUUCACUGCAGAGACACAUGUUGUUUAGAUCAGAGCUCAGACUGGUUUCACUUUUGAGGGAAUGAAAGUCUGACAGUCGUUGUUGCUGAGAGGUAAAAUGGCGCAGAAAGGAGUUCAGCUGGACCACGAAACCUUCUGUUGUUCGAUCUGUCUGGAUCUACUAAAGGAUCCGGUGACGAUUCCCUGUGGACACAACUACUGCAUGGACUGUAUUAAAACCCACUGGGAUGAAGAGGAUAAGAGGAGAAUCCACAGCUGCCCUCAGUGUAGGAAGACCUUCAUACCGAGGCCUGUCCUGAUGAAAAACACCAUGUUAGCAGAUUUAGUGGAGGAGCUGAAGAAGACUGGACUCCAAGCUCAUGGUUCUCAGGAGAAUAUGUGCUCUCGUCAUGACGAGGUGAUGAAGAUGUUCUGCCGUACUGAUCAGCAGUGUAUCUGUUAUCUCUGCUCUGUGGAUGAACAUAAAGGCCACGACACAGUGUCAGCUGCAGCAGAAAGGACUGAGAGGCAGAGAGAAGUCGAGGUGAGUCUACAAAACAUCCAGCAGAGAAUCCAGGACAGACAGAAAGACCUGAAGGUGCUUCAACAGGAGGUGGAGGCCAUCAGUCGCUCUGCUGAUAAAGCAGUGGAGGACAGUGAGAAGAUCUUCACUCAGCUGAUCCGUCUCAUGGAGAAAAGAAGCUCUGAUGUGAAGCAGCAGCUCAGAUCCCAGCAGCAAACUGAAGUGAGUCGAGUCUUGGAGCUUCAGGAGAAGCUGGAGCAGGAGAUCACUGAGCUGAAGAGGAAAGACGCUGAGCUGAAGAAGCUCUCACACACAGAGGAUCACACCCAGUUUCUACACAACUACCCCUCACUGUCAGCACUCAGUGAGUCCACACACUCAUCCAGCAUCAACAUCCGUCCUCUGAGAUACUUUGAGGAUGUGACGGCUGCUGUGUCAGAGCUCAGAGACAAACUACAGGACGUCCUAAGGGACACAUGGACAAACGUCUCACUGACUGAAGUGGAUGUUUUACUGUCAGAACCAGAGCCCAAGACCAGAGCUGACUUCUUAAGAUAUUCAUGUGAAAUCACACUGGAUCCAAACACAGCAAACACACAGCUGUUAUUAUCUGAGGGGAACAGAAAAGUAUCAAGAAUGAAACAACAUCAGUCUUAUCCUGAUCACCCAGACAGAUUCACUCUUUGGCCUCAGGUCCUGAGCAGAGAGAGUCUGACUGGACGUUGUUACUGGGAGGUGGAGUGGAGAGGAGAUGGAGUUUGUGUAGCAGUCGCAUACAAGAAUAUCAGCAGAUCGGGCGGCUGGAAAGAAUGUGGAUUUGGAGGAAAUAACAUAUCUUGGGCAUUAGAUUGUGACAAAAACAGAUAUAAGUUUUGGUACAACAAUGUCCAAACUGCUGUCUCAGGUCCUCCGUCCUCCAGAGUAGGAGUGUACCUGGAUCACAGAGCAGGUAUUCUGUCCUUCUACAGCAUCUCUGAAACCAUGACUCUCCUCCACAGAGUCCAGACCACAUUCACUCAGCCUCUCUAUGCUGGACUUAGACUUUAUUAUGAUUUUGGAGACACUGCUGAGUUCUGUAAACAUCAACAGACAAAAGUCCUUUAGGGACAGUCGGUUCCAUGAUGUGGUGUUGAUAAAUUUUAAGUAAUA